AAAAUGAAGAAAGUUAUGUUCUGCAGCCAUUGAAGUCAACUCUGACCGCCGUCGACUUGAUUCGUUUGAUUUUUUCAUCAUCUGAAUUUUCCUCUUUCAAACCUCCAGCUAUGCUCGCAACCCAUUCGACGAAAUGCCGAUGAAGCUCCUCGCCGGAAUUCUCCUGAUCGCGAUCCUCUCCGCCGCCGCCGAUGCCAUCUGCCGCCGCGGCUGCAACACGGCGCUGGCCUCCUACUACCUGUGGCAGGAUUCGAACUUGACCUUCGUUUCUGGGGUGACUCAAACCCCAAUUUCUUCAAUCGUUGCUUACACCCGCACGAUCUCCAAUCCAGACAGCGUGCAGGCCGGCCAGCGCGUGAACGUGCCCUUCACGUGCGACUGCAUCGGCGGCGAGUUCCUCGGCCACGUGUUCAAUUUCGCGACCUUCCCCGGCGUCACUUACCUGACGAUUGCCCAAACCUACUACGCGAAUCUGACGACGGUGGAAUCGCUGCAGAGGGAUAAUACCUACCCGCCGGAGAAUAUUCCGGACACCGGCGUCACGGUGAAUGUGACGGUGAAUUGCAGCUGCGGGGAUGAGAACGUGUCCAAGGAAUACGGAUUGUUCCUCACGUGGCCUGUGAGGGAGGAGGACACGUUGGAGUCGGUGGCGGCGGCGAAUAAUUUGACCGCCGAUAUAGUUAGUAGGUAUAACCCGUCGGCUGAUUCCAUCUUCACCGCAGGCAGCGGAUUGCUGUAUAUUCCGGGAAAAGAUCAGAGUGGGAACUUUCCGCCUCUAAAUAGCAGCAAAUCUGGACUAUCUAGUGGCGCCAUUGCUGGGAUAGCGAUUGCAGUAGUAGUCGGGGCAUUGGUAGUUGCAGGUUGUGUGUAUGUAUGGCUGCGAAGGAAGAAGAACAUGGAGAGGAUCAAAUUACUCUCAGCAUCCGAAGGUACUGAAGCCACUACUUUCAAAGCACAAGAUUCUGGUAGCACUCGCGCUGGCGCAUCUCCGGCUCUUGGUAUUUCUGUUCAGAAAUCUGUUGAGUUUUCGUAUGAAGAACUUGCUAGCACAACCGAUAACUUCAGCCUGGCAAAUAAGAUUGGUGAAGGUGGAUUUGGUGCUGUCUACUACGCUGAGCUUCGAGGCGAGAAAGCCGCGAUUAAGAAAAUGGAUAUGCAAGCGACUAACGAGUUUCUCGCUGAGCUGAAGGUUUUGACUAAUGUUCAUCACCUCAACCUGGUGCGCUUGAUAGGAUACUGCACCGAGGGCUCUCUGUUCCUUGUAUACGAAUACAUCGAGAAUGGAAACUUGAGCCAACAUCUCCGAGGAUCGGGCAGGGAGCCGCUCCCUUGGUCGACUAGGAUACAGAUUGCUCUCGAUUCAGCUAGAGGUCUCGAAUACAUCCACGAGCACACGGUUCCUGUCUACAUCCAUCGUGAUAUCAAGCCAGCGAAUAUCUUGAUAGACAAGAACUCGCAUGCCAAGGUUGCGGAUUUCGGGUUGGCGAAACUUACUGAGGUUGGAAGUAACUCGCUACCAACGGGACGGCUUGUGGGUACGUUCGGCUACAUGCCUCCCGAGUAUGCUCAAUACGGUGACGUGUCUCCGAAAGUAGACGUGUAUGCCUUCGGUGUCGUUAUCUACGAGCUGAUAUCGGCCAAGGAGGCCAUCGUUAAGCAAAACGGGAAUGCAGCAGACUCGAGGGGCCUCGUUGCGCUGUUUGAAGACGUUCUUAGCCAGCCCGACCCGACCGAGGACCUGAAGAAGCUGAUCGAUCCUAGGCUCGGGGAUAACUACCCCCUCGACUCCGUCCUCAAAGUCGCACAACUUGCUAGAGCUUGUACUCAUGAAAAUCCUCAACUACGGCCGAGCAUGCGCUCGAUCGUGGUUGCGUUGAUGACGCUGUCGUCGUCGACGGAUAACUGGGAUGUGGGAAAUUUCUACGGCAACCAGAACCUCUUGAAUCUCAUGUCCGGGAGGUAACCGCUUUCGAGCUUAAUCGAGCCUAAUCCAGCUAGCUGUAGAAGGAUCCAUCAAGAGUCAAAAUUGAUGUGUAAUGUAUCGUAUUCGAGCUGGAUCCAUUAAGAUUAAUGUAUAAUGUAUUAUAUAUUAUAUAUGUAAGUAUUUUUUUAUUUUUCUUUAGAAUUUUUUGUGGAUGUAGUGUGAUCAAUGGUAGCAGUUGCUUGUAUUUAAACAUGUGAUUUGUUAAGCGAAGCUUUAAAUUGCACAUAGUUACUGAAUAAAACGGUUAUUUCUGUUGU